UCCGUCUUUCUGAAAAGGUGUUACUGAAUUCAUGAGCGAUGACGCAAUCCCAGCAAUAAGGAAGCUUUCGCUCUACUCCCAUUUACCUGCGAUCACGGUGGGUCAGUCCCGUGCCGCGUUCAUCCAUGUGACCUUCUGGAAUCCAGAAUUCUGUCCCCACACCCUCCGCCCGCCGCACACAAAUGCCUUGACUCCAAAACUGGAAAAUCCUGAUAGACACAACAGUCCCUUCCUGGGUUUUGGGCGACACAGGGGAGAAAUAAAAUCCAAAGAAAAUCCAAAAAAAAAAAACUUGUCCCCGGCACAAUGGAUGAAUACGUCGUGAUGAACCAAUGGUCCCAGGUCUACGUCAGCCAAUGGGACUUUGAGGCUUCUACCCCGGAUCAACUGAGCUUCAAGGCUGGGGAUCGUUUCCACAUCCUGGAUAAGUCGGGGGAUUGGUGGACGGCCGUGAAACUCAACGCCCAGGGCUGUAGGGUCGGCAAUAAGGGCUUCGUGCCGUACAACUACCUGGCCGAGGAGGGCACCGUGGAGGAGCAGUCGUGGUUUUUCGGAGAACUCUCCCGCACAGAAGCUGUGACCCUGCUGAUGAAAGACGGGAACCAUCCUGGAUCCUACCUCAUCCGGGUCAGUGACAAAGGUGGCUUCAAGUACGCCCUGUCAGUGCGGAGCCAGGACAGCGUCAAACACUUCAAAAUCCUCCAGAACAGCCGAGGAGAGUUUUAUUUGACUAAAGAGAGCUCUUUUCCUGACCUCACUCAGCUGAUCUCUACAUACUACGUGAAGCCCUUGGCACAAGGGCUGACACUCACCAAGCCGUGUGUGAAGCAUGAACCAGUGGCCAGCGAGCUGAGCCCAGUUCCCCUGGACGAGUGGGAAAGGCCAAGAGAGGAGUUCACUCUCGUCCGCAAACUGGGAAUGGGGAACUUUUCGCAGGUUUACGAGGGAUACUGGAACGAGAGCAUCAAAAUCAAAGUAGCCGUCAAGAUGAUAAAAAAAGACGUGACCAACCAGGAAAUAUUCAUGAAGGAGACGGCUUUUCUGAAGACCCUCCGCCAUCGGAACCUGCUGUCGUUGUACGCGGUCUGCUCGGUGGGAGAUCCUUAUUACAUUGUCACAGAGCUCAUGCCAAGAGGAGACCUUCUGAGCUAUCUGCAAGGCUGUGAGGAGGACACGACGUUCAUAGACACUCUUCUGGACAUCGCCAUGCAGGUGGUGGACGGCAUGUGUUACCUGGAGUCCAGAAACUGCGUCCACCGAGACCUGGCGGCCAGAAACGUCCUUCUGGGGCAGAACAACCUCUGCAAGAUCGCCGACUUUGGCAUGGCCAGGAUCAUCAAGGACGACUGCUACAUGUCCUUGUCCAAUAAAAUCCCUUACAAGUGGACAGCUCCCGAGGCUCUUUCUCAUGGAUGUUACACCACGAAAUCCGACGUUUGGUCAUUUGGGGUCCUUUUGCAUGAAAUCAUGUCCCUGGGGAUGACACCAUAUCCAGGAAUUGCCACCGCUGAGCUGCUGCAGUUCCUCAAUCAGGGCUACCGGAUGGAAGCUCCCAGGAUCUGCUCAAAAAAAACCUACCAGGUCAUGCUGGAUUGUUGGAGCGCAAGCCCUAAGGACAGGCCGAGCUUCGGUGACCUCAAGGUGGCCCUGGAGAACCUAAUUCAUUAUGACUUUACGGACGGCCUUCCGAAAAUGGCCAAGUUCAAAGGUAAAUUUAGCAUGUGAGGCCGAUGGAGACCCAUGAGGUCAAUGCGUCGCCUCAAAGACGAGAACUUCAUAGGAACCAGUCCGGAGAGCGUAUAACGAAAGCUAUGGAGACCACCAGAUCAUAUGGAAAUCCAUAAAGACCUCCGGAAAGGCUCAGGACGCCAACCUUUACAUCGAUAGACAUGGCUGACCAAGAAAUAUGGUGGCCCAGAAGACAUUUCUUCAUGCAGACUAUGCCUACAAGCCCAGCUCUUGGGGGCCUAGUCCUUGCGCUUAUCCGGUUUACUGCCUGGGGAACCCGUGGAAGAGAAAAGGAGACUAAGGUGACGGUAUCAAAGCAGCCAGAAGAACCGGGCCUUGCAGGGAAACCUAUGAACAACCUACGGGUGAGA